AUGUCUCUACGGACCAGAAUAAAUGGCUUUACUGCAUGGGUAAACCUCAGACUUAGUCCAACAGGACACUUCAUGCACAAUAUAUUGACAGAUCUGCUGAAGGGGUACAACAUGAAGGUUCUCUUAGAAAGUUAGUAACAUUGUCUUUUUUUUUUUUUUUUGAAUUUUUAAAGGGUCAAAGUUGGGAUUUGGUCGUUUCUUUGCAAAUUCCUCCCCCUUCAAAUUAAAAGUCAUUUUUCUCCAAGACCAGUUUACGAAGGUCUCAAGAAAAAUGUACUUUUGAUCUGUCAUGAAAGGAUUUUUGAUUUAUAGAAAAAAAUACAUUUUACUAAAUAACAUGUAUAGAAGGAAAUGAGUGAGGGGGAGACAUUCAGAUCUUAGGAAUUGAAGAAAGCAAAAUCACAAUUCCUUUCUUUUUUUUAAAUUUUUUUACUCAUGUAAGGUUUGACUGGACGGCCGCUGGAGAAACUGCAGAGUUUUGAUGGGUAAGUGUUACUUUGAUGACAUCAAUAAAGGAUGAGAAUUGCAGUUCAAAUUAUCAUUUACUUGUUACCCAUGGUUGUUUGUUUACAGUGAAAGUUGUUGUUUGUUUGCUUUGAUCUCUCGUGUGGUUGGUCCCAACACAAUAAAAAUUCCUGAAAACAUGAUCAUGUUUUCCUAAGGUAUGCAGUAUACUGGAAAAUUUUAUUUUUCUUCCAGACUGACCCAGCAACAAAAGACAACAAGAGUGGAAUGGAUUGUGAAGGAAUUGAAACAUGCGUAAGUAUACUAAAUAGCACAUGCCUGGAACCAAUUUAGAAGUAAAAGCCAUCAUGCGUAAGUAAAUAGCACAUGCCUGGAACCAAUUUAGAGGUAAAAGCCAUCGAUAACAUGAUUGAUGUUCAUGAUAGGGACAGUGUUCUGUUUAAGUGUUUUUACUAAUCAUCUAAAAAUGUAUCUAGUCACCUGUGCAGAGUCAUGUAUGAACAAAGUUCAGAUCAAUGUCAGUAUCUGAGCAAUUGCAUACCUACAUACUCCUCCCUUAACCCAACUAGUCAACUGACAAAAUUAAGGGUUAGGAGAGGGGUAGGUAUGCAGUUGCACAGAUACUGACAUUGGUCCUAAGUUUCUCCCUGAAAAUGUCUAAAGUUUUGACACCAAGAAUAAUUAUGUGCAACUUGACAUCCAAGUGCUUGAAAAUUACUCAGUUUUUUGGUAAAUAAUUUAAUAUUUUUUCUGAUAUUAUGAUUAUGUCUUCAGGAACAUUAUCCCCAAGGACACAUAUGUGGAUUCCAGAAUGUUUGCCAUGAGAUGUGCAGAUCAGGUUUGGAAUCUUGAUUAUCAGGGAGCUGAUGUGAAUUGCAUGAAAAGUAUAUCAAUGCAUACAUGCAGUGGUGCUAAUGUCUGGAAGACUGGAGCCAUUUCAUGGAGUAUCCAAGCAUGGAAUCUGAAGUUCUGGGGCUUGCUUCUCCAUGGAGGCUUAGAAUGUUUCUUUGUUUUAGACUCUUGAUGAGACCAAUGACAUCUUUCCCUAACUUUUAAUUUCUUGAAUUUGUUCUUAAAAAUCAACAGGUGUUUGAUUUACUCUGGUGCCUGGUUUGUCAUGACAUCUGGUUUGUUUGGGAACGAUCUGAAUUCCUUCAACAAGCUGAAGGACAAAUGCUGACGUCAAAACCUUUCUCGGUAAGGAAUGUACAAUUACAUGCAAUACAAGAAUUUAUCUAGGGCAUGAUAUUUCAACCACUGGUUUGCAGUUUUAGAAAUUACCUCAUAGAAGCAUAUAUUAGAAAUCCUAUGAUAAUUUAUACAUGGAAAUAGUCUUGAUCUAUUUUGUCUGAUCUUUGAGGUAUCUAUGAUAUUUAUUUGUUUGAUAUUUUUUAUUGUGUUGUUUGAUCUUCCAGGUGAGAAUAGUUCUGAGGGGAACUUUUGUCAGUAGUAGUGACUGAGGCUUUUAAAAUCUUAGAGGAGGCCAUCAUUGGGGUCAAGUGAAGACUUGUUUGUCAGUUGAAUGUUAUAACCCAAAACUUUCACACUCAACUGGAAAACAUCCCCUCAUUUGGCCCUGAUUGUGCUCAAAAUGAAGUUGGCAAACAUCAGUUUAAGAAACUUCUAUAAACAAAAGAAAGCAAUCUCCAACCGUGUUGAACAAAACCAACCUGAGCUUCAAGAUGUGUUUUAGCUUUGGUGUGAAUGUGGUAUUCAUGCAUGACCAAAUUGGUUAAGUCAUUUACUGUGUUAUUAAAUAUUUAUUUGAUAUUUAUUCAAGUGGACUCCUCCACCUCCGCCACCUAAAACCCCAACCCUCAAGACAGAAAAAUCCAUGCUGUCAGGAUUUGGAUCAAAAUCACUGAUUCAGACACCAAUAACCUCCCCUGAGGUAAGGAGGAAGCUGGAUUGAAAUAUAAAGAAAAAAACCUUUUUACUAUGCGACAUGCAUCUUUAUAUAUAUAACUUUAAUACUAUUGGAUCAAUGUCAGUAUUUGAGAAACUGUGUACCCACCCCUCCCCUAACCUAACAUUCAUCCUAACUUGUUAUCAUUUGACUGUUAAUGGGUUAGGGGAGGGGUAGGUACCCCACUAUGCAGAUAAUGACUUUGAACUUUAUUAAUUAUAUCAGCUAUGUAUUAUUAUUAUUAUUAUUAUUAUUAUUAUUAUUAUUAUUAAGAAACAUGGCUGGAAAUUAUUGCUUCAUCAUAAUCACCAGUUUCUCUUCUUAUAACAGGUGCCUUCUCCUAGUCCAACAAAUACGGCGUAAGUUCUUUAGAAGGAAAAUUCUCCAUUAAUUGUUUAAAGCUUGAUGUUAUACCCAUAGUGGCCAAAGAAAAUUUGAAAAGAGAUGUUUGUUUUUGAUAACCUUGUCUCCGGAAACAUCCAACAACUUCUUUGUGAUGCCUUUGUUUCUUGGGCAAGACACUUUUCCUCUCACCUAGUCCCUCUCCACUCAGGGGUAUAAAUGGGUGCCUGAAAACUGUCAACUGAAGUAAACCCUAGAAAAUCCUGUAGGGGGAGGUGGGGGGGAGGGUUUCCCCGGUGAUGGGUAAGCUUCCUAUCCAUAAGGAAUAGUUAAAUUUGUGGUUGCCUUAUGCCUGAGAUAGGGGGUUAGCUCUUCUAGCUAUGGACUAAUUAGCUCGUAAUCUUAAUCUCCCUCUCUCCCCCCCCUCCCCACUCUCCUCUUUGACUACUACAAUAACUCUGGUAUACAAAUUGAAAACAAACCUCUCAAGUUUGCUCUGAUUGUCCAAAAAAUCCACCUGUAUCAGUUUGUGCACACUAAUCAUGUGAGUAAUUAUGCAGAGCACAAAUUGACCUAUGUGAAUACUGUAUGUUGCCUUGCAAUGGUAAAGAAAUAAGCUUGAAAUUAAGAGGCACUUUACAAGAAUGACAAUGAAUAGCUUUCUUGUGUGCCUACCCAUACAACAGGAGGUCAGAUGACAUGGUGAACAGACGUCACAAGUCAAGAAAUUAUCCAUCACCAGAAUACUGCAUCUUGGAUAUGGUGAAUGCCCACCUUAAAAUGAACAGAGAGGGACGCAAACUCACAAGGGGUGUUUUGGUAUGCACAAGUCCAAGAAUAUGUAGCUUUUACAAGUGAAAUCUGUUUAAGAAUAAAUUCUUUUUGAGCUUGCACAACCUACAUUUUUUUUACAGGGUAGUUUAGUAUUGUCAAUUGAGUUGAUAACAUAAAUUGGCCACUAUAAAGAGUUUAGAGGGUGAUUUUUUGAGCAUUAGCCCUUUGUUAGAGCAAUUGGCUCUAACGCUCAAAACGUCGGCUUUUUGACACUUUACAGUGACAAAUCUAUGUCAUCAACUCAGUAUAUAAUACUAAAAUUAUCCUGUUAUACUCUCCCACCAACACAGCAUCACAGUUUCUUUAGAAACUUACCCCCUUCUUCCAUUCUUUUUUGAAGUUUAUUGAACCUAAGGAACUCAUGAUGUGUGUUAACUUUUAAGUGAUUUGGGGGGAGCCACAAUCCUUUGGUUGAAAAACCAACAAGAGGAAAAAAUAGUGAAUUUAUGUUUCAAGUGCUAAGCAUAAUACCUCAUGUUCUUUAAGUUUAACAUCAGCAAAACUAGCCCAAGGUACAGUUAGUGUUACUUACAUAGGCAACUGUGAAAGUUUUCAACAACAAGAAAAGAUUUAUUGUUAAGAUGAAAGUGGUUACUGUGUAUUGUAGAUAUUUUAUUCUCUGAACUGUAAAUUAAAGUUUUAGUUGAUAACUGUUUUUUUGCCAAUUUUUAAUUUGUUACAAGGUCUUUCAUAUUUAUACUAACUUAGUAUGUUGUCUCCACAGAGUUUGAGUGAUCUUACAGACAGCAGGUAUGAACUGUGGAUGGAAAAAAAAUGAGUGACAGGCAAAUUAAAUGAAAAGCAAGCAAACACCCCUCAGCUGGACUGAUAGAUAGACUGACAGAUAAACUGACAAAGAGAUGGACAUACAGGCAAAGUCAGCCUGACAGGCAGAUAAAUGGAUGUUGGACAGACAGACAUACAGACUGACAGAAAGAGAGACAGACAGACAGUCAGGCCGACAGACAAAGAGACCAACAGAAAGUCAGGUCAAUAGAUAGACAGACAGUCAGGCCAACAGAUAAACACACAAUCAGAUUGAUGGACAGAGCCGGGCCAACAGACAGCAAGGCCAACAGAUAAUUAGGCUAACAGAGAGAUAGAUAGACAGAUUGACAGACAGAGCCAGGCCAACAGACAGCAAAGCCAAAAGACAGCCAGGCCAACAGGCAGACAAACCAACAGACAGACAGGUAGAAAGGCAGACAGACAGACAGGUAGAUAGGCAGACAGCCAGGCCAACAGACAGACAAACCAACAGACUGACCGACAGACAGAUUGACAGGUAGAGAGCCAGGCAAAUGGACAGUCUAACAUACUUUUGGGUUAAUUUUCAGUAGUUGGGUUGGGGUGUGUUGAACUUGUUUUCGAAUAGUGGUAUCAUGACAAUGUUUUUAUAUCUAUAAUCAUAUCAAUAAAUUUGUUUAUUUACCUUAAAAUGUCAACUUUUGUUUUUCUUUUUUCUUUAGGGUCCUUUGUGCUCUGGUGAACUCAUUUGUUCCAGAGACUUUCACCACAGAAGUCUUAUUAAAUGACCGGUAAAUUUUCAAUAUAUUUUGAGGGGAACGAAUCAUUGAAUGGAUAAUUUAUUUACCCUUGAAUUUCAGAGGGCUGUAGAUGCAAAAAAAUUGUUUAUGCAAUUUCCAACUGUGACCAUCACAGCACAGAAAAAAAUAAAAAAGACGGCCGGAACACAAGGAGUUUUGUGCCCUCCUCUUUAGUUGCGUCUACUAUGUGAAUUCUAAAACAUCCUUUGUCAUCUGUACUGUCACAGUACAGUGCCACGUUUCACCCAGGAGUAUAUCGAGGAGGAAAAAAGAUUACCGUCGAACUGUCCGAGGAACCGGACAACGUGCAGGGAGGGGGGUGGUUUUGUAUUAAAUUUUCCCAAUUAGUAUCAUAGGAAUUGUAUGGUAGACAGGAAGGAGCAUUCUGAAACCGAGAUAGAGCAAAUUUUGAUCAGACAUCGACAGUAAUUCGGAAUCAGUCUGGGUUUGCUUCAAUUUGCUCUAUGAUUGGUCCAGAAAACUCGCGCCGCUCUUUAAACCAAUCAGAUUCUAAUGAUAACCAAUCGCGACUUUAUCACCCGCGUUUUCCCGCGCUUUAGUCAGUUUGCUCGUUUUUUUCUGGAGAUCUCAUUGCGAUAUUUCCGUUGUUCUUAUUGGCUGUUUGUUUUUUUUUUUUUGUAGUUUGGUUUGUCGACAUACAACCAUAAAGCGUUGUAAACGUCAGUGGUAGGGGUUUCUUUGCUUGUGUGCAGACUUGACGUUGUUCUCUAACCAGGUUUUUUUUUUUCAGGUGGACAAUAAACCUCGCGUUGAGGACAGCAAAUCAAAUGUUUAAAUCUUCAAAUCCCUUUGACUCUCAAGACUUAGUUGAGGUAAACUAAGCUCGGAAUUUUGUCAGUAAUCUGAUUUAAAAAAUGUGCAUGGAUGUAACAGUUUUCCUCAACGACAGUUUAAUAAGGGCGAAGCUUUCAGAAAACUGCUUUUCUCGGAACAGAUGCUGUCGGCCGUAGAAGUAUCUGAGUGUAUUUUUAUGCUUAAUGAAGGUUUUUACAAUAAAUUCACUUCUCCUUCAGAAAUUGAUAAUAUUGAAACGCCUUUUGCGGGUUUUCAUACGGAAUCAGUUAUGUUCCUGUAGCUCAGUGAAUGAUUUGUUUCCUUCAUUCAGGGUGACAUAAUGUCUGUAUGCUGUUAUUUUGGAUUUUUCUUCAUGAGUGGAUACAGAUAUCGACAAUCCAGAGCAGUGCUCAAGAGACUGGUGAGUUGUCUUAAUCUUUAGCGCAUCUAUUGAUGCUUAGAAAGAUGUUUUUGAAAGCGCCGGUGGUGAGUAGCCGAGUACGCGAGUGGCCGAGUAGCCGAGUGGCCGAGUGGCUGAGUGGCCGAGUGGACUACUUUUUGGCUCUUUUUUGCGAGACACAUCUAAUCUGUUUCGGUGCUAUGAUCUUGUACUGCAGGAUGAAUUGAAUGUCUUGAAAAUUGGGAUCAAAGACGAAAUGGAACAGUUUCCAUCCCUCAUUACCAAUGUAAAGAAUCUAAAGAGAAAGAAAGAAUUAGAGAAUCUUAUAUCUGUGUACGAUGAAGGUGAGGCUCGCUUUCUUGUUAUGAGAAAUCCUUCGGACCUUUUCUCGCAUUUCAGCUCAGUCCAUGACAAUGGAAUUGUUAAAAUUUUUAGAUUGUCGAAAGUAAUCUGGGAUUGCAUUUUACUUUGCUCUCUGAUUGGUCCAGAAUACUCACGCCACUCUCUGAACCAAUCACAUGCAAAGCUAAAGCCAGCCGCGACUUGGUCGCCCGCGUUUUCCCGCGCUUUAGGCAGUUUGGUUGUUUUUACUUUGAAUUCUGAUUGGCUCUCACAGGAAAUUUCCUUUCUUCUGAUUGGCUGCGUGAUUACUUUGGUUUUGCGACACUCAGUCGAGAAACGUUCUAAAUCAAAGCCACAAUGAUUGUUACCUCUCUGAGAGAGAUGUCAAGAUAUCUUUGACGAAACAUCAAGCAUAACUCCGCUCGCAUACUCACUUAGUCUUGCAUUUGUCGCAUGUUAUCACAGCGCAAAACGCCAUCAAGGAGAGUUUGUUAUUUAACGAUAUUGAAGAACGGUUGUGAAAGAGGCCAAUGCUUCCUCAAAUUGACUCACUUUCGAAAUUUUGAUCCUGACUCAUGAGUUUAGCGGUAACAUACGAUCGUCUAUUUUUCAGAGAUCCAGUUUUUAGAGCAAAAUUAUGACAUUGCUAAAUGUAAUGUUUGGAUGAGACAAGUAACGGAGAUACAAAAUAAGGUUGGUAUAUUCAAAUUAGAAUGUAAUAGUGUUAUCUCCAAAUUCCAAGAUUACUGCGUCUUAAAUUAACUGUUGUUUUGUUUUUGAUACAGUGUCGAACAAUUGUGGCAGAAAAAAUUGUGCAAAGGUUUGAUAUUGUCAAGGUUCCAAGGUAAGUUUCAUGCAUAUAACUGAUGAUCACAAUAGACCGUUGAAAUGUUGCGUCAUAAACGGCAUGCCUUACAGUUUGGAAUGAGGGGUCAUCUCCAAUUCUGUAGUCGUGCAUAGAGUUCAAACUUGUUUUUUGUCUUUGUUUUAAAAAUUAGGAACACAACCAUCAAUGAUUUGGCAGUGGAUAUGAUUAUCAAUCUGGUGAGUCAGCUCUUGAUUAUAGCAACCUUUGGCAGUGACGACUAGAACGUGGGCGACUUUCCUCCGUUUGAGUCCUGGGACGCGACCGUCGCUCAUUGCGAAAGUGAUUCAAUAGUAAAAAUAAUGUUUUUGUGGUCAGUCCGUCUCGGCAAAUGUUGUCGCAUGCAAUCCGCGUCAAUCUUUUUCAUCCCUAAUCGUCCAUGUUCUUGUCUGGUUUAUUUUUACCCGCUUGUUGUUUGUGUACCUUAGUGAUUGGGUAUUUCUUGGCUGGUUAUCUGUGAAGAAGUUAUUCUUUAUGGAAGAUGUAAAAGUGACGUGUUACACUACUUCCCCCGGUUCAACUGACGGAAACCCGUAGAUUUACAAAGGUUGAGAAUGAGGAGGGAGUGAGGGGGGAUUGAGUAAGGUAUCUUACAGUUUUAUGUAUGGAAAAGGGUCUUCGCUUAAUGUACGAAGUGUUAAUUUUUUUCUUUCCUUAUUUUAGAGUCUGACUUGUGGAACAGGGUUUUACAGCAGUAAGGUUCACGAGACAGUGUGGAAAGGUCGCAAGCUUGUGAUCAGAGACAAAGAAACUGGUGAGUUCGUUCAUGAGGGGCUGUAAUUCACUAAACAGUAAUUUCAAGUUUAUGACAGCCAAUCAGAACGAAAGAAAAUAUCGCAACUAGCCAAUCAGAGUUAAAACAAGCAAAUUGCGUAAAGCGCGGGAAAAAGUCAGUGACCAAGACGCAGUUGGUUUUAAGUUUGAGUCUGAUUGGUUAAGAAAGUGGCGCGAGUCUUCUGAAAAUCAGAGAAAAUAUCGAAAAACAAAUCAGUCCUGGAUUAAUCUUGAAAUGGUUUUCAGUCCGAGAAAAACAGAGUUUAUUGUGUUGUCUGCUCGUCCGCGUAAUAGUAGUCCUGAGAAGGACUGGUAUCCACAAGAGUAACUGAGGUUACUGAGGUUCUCCAACUUGUGCGGACGUUAUCAGCAGUGUCAAAUGAAGAAUUUUUUUAUUUCUCGUUCACUUUACAACCAUAAAGCGACUAAUUUCAGUCUCCUUCCCUUCUCUACUAUAUUCAUAUCAUAAUUGUUUUUAUUGCAGGUGAAUUUUUCGAUGAUUUUUCCGGGAAUGCAGACCAUAAAGGUGAGGCGUCUUGGUGGUUUUUGUAGGAGCGUUUUUGAAAAAGCUUUUUUCAUCAAACAUGCAUUGUGUGAAGUACUUCUAGCUCAUAAGUAAUCGAUGCAUUGACUCUUCCCAUAUUUAGAAACUGUGCGUCAAGUACUUGGCUUAGAGGAAGAUCAAGUGGCGGAAAUUAGUGGCGAUCAUGAAAAAUAUGAGGUUAGAACUCUUAACAGUAUGCGGGAAAUGAAAGGAUCAAUAACUUAAAACACGUUUUUAGCAGAGAAAUUAGACAUCAUAGAAGUUUGGAAUUUCUGAAUCAUUUCUUAGUGGGAUAUCGGUCGUUUGUCUAUGCUUGGAAUAUCUCACGGUUUUUUGUAGUGAUUGUAGUUGUUCUGAGUUGUUAUCAGUCUAUAAUCUAUCUUUCACGAUGUUUCUUUUUUAAACUGCAGAUAUACUUUGAAAGUUCGUCAAGAAAUAAAACACUGAAAGCUGGAUCCUGGUAAGUCAAAUAUAAGCCAUUGUUUUACUUCCUCUCUCGCACAGUGACGCGGUUUCAACAAAUCGAUGAAUAUGAAGGAAUCGAAAUGAACCCCAACAUUUUUACCUCAUUUCGUCCCAUUUUAGCAACACCAAAGUUUGGCACUCUUCUAAACCGCUCAAUUAAAAUGUUGCUAGAGUUUCAUGUAUCUGCUAGGUAAUAUGCGCGAGUAAACAUGCUUAUUAAGCCGUUGAAAGCCGCAAAAAAAAUAGAGCAAGAAAUAGUAAGGGCCGGCGGAAAAACACAAGUGCAAAGCGGAGAGAAACACGCUACCAGUCAGAUGUUAGGAAACCCACGCAGCUAGUACUAAGCGUGAGAUGGAAACAACCAAUGAUAAUGGCGGAAAAACAUGCUACCAAAGCAAAGUGUGGGAAAUAGGUAACUUUUUACAAGGGCGGGAAGGCACGCAACAAGUAAUAUACGCAGGAAAACACUUGGCCAGUUAUAAGGAUCGGAAAGCGUACAACAAGAGACUGGCAGGGGAAAACAGGUAACUAGUGAUAAAUGUAAAAAAAUCCGAAGCACAAAGCGCUAAGCACUCGUCUCGCUAGUUGGUUUUCAAUGCAGUGUAGCUUGAAAAUAACAAGAAGAAAGUAAUACAAUACUUGAACACUCAAACAUGAAAAUCGAAUGAACAAAGUGUAUUUAUGUACCAUUUUCUACAGGUUUCUGUACCAAAUAUUUCCAGGCACCACAUUACAGUGUCAGCGAUUGUUGUUCAAGGCAGCCAAGACGGGAGAAUUGGAUACAGUCCAAAAACUGGUACGAAAACUUUUAUAAUCUAAGGCAUGUUUUUUGUUUUGCGUAAUCCGAGCUCUUUUGAUGAUGAAACUAAUUCCUUGUUGACUAGUGCAUAAGUAUUUGGCAUGUUUAAUUCCUGCGUGACGCUCAACUGAUGGCUAAGGGCCUAUUUACACGGUACGACUUUGUCGCAUGCGACAAAGUCGUGCCGUGUAAAUAGGCCUUAAGAAUGGCAAGUGGUCCAAAUGUUUUAGCAGUCCGCUGAAAAACAACGCGUUUUGUUAGACAGCGGUUCGUAAAAAAGGCUUUCAACCAUUUUUCGAGCUGAAAAGGGUAACCCACCAACCAACCAACCGAUCGAACUUUCGAACUUAUACCGUAGGCUUCUUUUUUUUAGUGGCUGGACUGCCUGAAUGACUGGCCGCACGACUGAUCGAUGGCCUGAUUACCUGCUUAAUUGACAGAGUGAUUGACUGUCUGGCAAACGACCUCUUUCAUUGACACACUAGCUGGCGAGCCAACUGAUUAGUAACUGAUUGACUGAUUGACUAAUUGACUCGCCCGCUGAUUAACUCGUUACUUGACUAACCUACGGAAUUAUUGUUUUAUUUACUCAAAGGCUUACUGAAUCACAAUUGAUUUGCUAGAUCGAUUUGCUUUAACAGGUGGCCUUCUUUAAUGCAGACAAGGACUUCAUCAAGUCCAAAGAGCAUGGGUCUGGCAAUACAGCUCUGCACAUGGCCUGCAGGCACGGACAUUUUGUAAGUAUCGAUCACGUUUACUUUUGCAAAACUUUUUCACUCUCCUUUGUACGGCCGCCGCUAAAUUUCUUGAACUCUCAAAUUCUUUUGCGGAGCCAGUGACAGUCACAAACCAAGCUCGAUGAGUGGAUUUAGACCAGAAGUACUUUAAAUCACAAAAUGAAACAAACAAUACAGCGGUAGAGGACCGAUUUAUAUUUAGCUGUUACGUUGCUGUAGGUUUAUUUGCCCUUUCUGUUUUCUUUGAAAUAAUUGGUUCGCAGGAUAUUGUGUUAUAUUUGUUGGAAAACGGAGCUGACAUUGAUAUGUUUAACAAUCACCACAACACGCCUUUUUUCCUCGCCACUGAAAGCUUACAAAAAGAGAUAUGCCAGGUAAGGAACAGUGAUUUCACUUGGUUGUCCAUCUCCUAUGACCGCUUCAAAGAGAGAGAUCGCGAAGCCUUAUGGGAGUCGCACUGGACUCCGGAUUGAGAGGUCUGGGUUGAGCUCUGGCCGGGUGAUUGUGCUGCUUUCAUGAGAGAGAUGCUUUGGUCUCGCAUCCGUAUCAUUUGAUCAACUGACUGACUGAGUGAAUGAAUGACUGACGAAUGGACUGACUGAUUGACUGGCUGAACGACUGACCGGCUGAAGGACUUACUGACUGACUAACUACCUUAUGGUAUGACUAAGCGAUAAUUUGUAAAAAUUUUUUGAUGGACAGCUUCUUAUCGAAUGGGGUGCCGAUGUGAUGAAGCGAAACAAAAGCAGCAAAACGGCGUUUGACUUGAUGCGUCAUUAUGAACUCAAGAAAUUCUUGGAAGGUAAAAUAUUACAUCUUACACCAGCUCCUAACGUUUUUAAUGCGAUGCAAGCUUAUCAGGUAGUCUAUUCCGGUUGUUCAGAAGGUUACUUGACGCUGCAAUGCAACAUCUCCUAAUUAAAUACAUAGAACACGAUAUAUGGAAUGAAUUGUAUUCUGUUACUACUGUUAACCCUGAACAGCUUAACAUCAGUAUACUUACAUAAGUUUACAUACUCUCUAUACAUUCAAGUUACCAAGGUGCUGACAAGGAGAAUUUCUCAAACAAAGAAGAGUUUUUUUAGUUGGUGAUCAUUUCCUUUAUUUUAGUGACCUCAAUGUUUUUUUUUUAAUUCAAGGGAGAUAUUUAAGGAGAAAUUAGAUACUAGUUACUCGAAGAGGUUAAUACUGCUCGUCAUGUUUUGUUUCCAGCCAAGUAUAAAGAAUGGCAAGAGCUUGUCCCUAAGUUGAUAUCAGGAGACAUCAAGAAACUAACUGCUGUGAUAGACGCUCAUCAUAGAAGAGAAAAAACUAUGGCCAGUCUCAGAAGCAGGUGAUACUGAGAUUCGAUAUCCUUUUGGUAGUAUUUUGUUUUGGUUUUAUCUAGAGCCGCUCUAGUCACCAGUGAUUGUAUCAAAGAACAGCCACGUUAAUGCGAAGCUAGUGACAUCGGUCGUAAAAAAUAAAAAAUCAGAUUAGAACUUGAAUAUACACAUCAGCAGUAAUAGGCAAUUUUCCUCAUGGUGGGAUGGGGGGGGGGGGGGGGGGGGAGGGGCGGUACCAACAUGUUACAGGCAAGACACCCCUCCCCCCCCCCCCUCCUUUUUCCUUCUUUUCUCCUGCAACGUUUAGUCUCAUUAACUGUGAUGAGGGGGAAAACAAAGCGUUUUAGCUCCGGGACUCCUAGAGGACGGGAUUACCCAAUAAGAAGCGUAACAAUGAGCGCAUGCAAAUAUAAUACAAGCACGAAAAAGCUGCCAACAAGAGAUGAGACUCAGUAAGAAAGAAUGCACGGUUCUUUUGUUAUUCAUCAUGUUUUCUUGUUAAUCCCGCAAGGUGUGUCAGUGGUAGCACUCUACUCCAUACUGCGUCCUUCUUUGGAGCAAUCCCGGUUAUCAAGGUACUCUGUGUGACUGAAUGGUUGCCAACUCAAAUGCUUUCUCAAUUACGCUUAUCGGCAUUAUCGACGAAAAAAACAUGUUUCGCUAUUUCUUUACCGAGCUAAAAAAAAUUGACCAACUUUCUUACUCUUUAUACAAACAUGACGCUAUCGACAUUGCUAAUCCUAGCAGUAUGCAGGACGUGUGUCAUGUAUGAACUUCGUAAUGAGCCCUGCUCACUGUAGAGUCUCUUUAGCACAGUGGUAGAGCAUCAGAGCGCGAAAUCCGAAAAUCUGAAGUUCAAUUCCUCAUGGGAAGGUAGAAUUUUUGUUUUCUUUGUCCCAUGGUCGUGACAUGACGAAGAAACAUCUUUUUUCUUUACCGAGCUCAAAAAAGUUAACAUCCUUCUUAUUCCAUUUCUAAUUAUUAUUUUUAUCAUGUUUUUCAUUUUCAGACCUUGCUCUCAGAAGGAGUGGAUGUCAAUACUUUGGACUACAAAGGAGCCACGCCCCUGCACAGAGCCAAAGAUGCGGCCACCGUGGAGGUAUGUGCCAUUAACACAAGCUGGUCUUCACUAACGUCAAAGUCGGUGUCUUUAUCUGAAGCGUCGAACGUUACGGUACAGUGAAAAUAAAGCGGAAGGAGAAGGAGUUGUUGGCCAUCGAAUGGCCUGGAAAAGAGAGUUGUGAUUGGUAGUUGUCUGCCUUUGCUUGUGACUCCGACAUACUAAACGAUUGAGUUAUAGCGGAGUUCGCAGCGCGCGUAGCGUAGCCCCAUACCUAUAAUAAACGGCAUCGGAAUCUUCUUACGACUACGAUUGUCGAUGUUCACUGUGCCAUUAGCGCCCCUACAACUCCGAAUACAUCUUGGACUCCAAAUUGGAUCUCAACUAAAUUCGUCACUUGUGGAAACCGGCCUUUAAUCUGCAUUUGAAUUUUAAUGAUCCUUUUUUAAUCCCUCUGCAAAUGUCGAUUUAAGAAACAGGUCGGCGUAGCCGCAUGCUUAUUUGUUCGUUUGUUUGAUUGUUUAUAUCCUUUCUUGAUUUUGCAGCUUCUCCUCGAGGCAGGAUCAAACAUUGACUGUGAAGAUCAUGAUGGCAACACUCCACUGCAUGUCAAAUGUUACGGAGAAAGCGGAGAGCCUACUGACUUAGAAUGCAUUGAAAAAAUGGUACGAAAAGUGUGCAUGUAAGGAAUCCUUCAAACAUUAGUCAGGGCUGGUGAGCUUUCCAAUCGACAAUGAUGCUGGUUUGAAUCCGAUAGCGACAGGCGUUCCAGUAAACGCCCGCGACCCUUUGUUUGAUCUCAGAAACGUUAAACGUGGCUGCUUCUUGUUUUUCAGCAAUAACGCGCAUGGUUUUCAUCUCAACGUUUUGCUUAGAGUUUGUUAUUAUGUUUAUUAAUUUUUUUAAACCUUUGUUUUGUUUAGCUGAUGAAAGAAGCUCCUCUCAAUACCAGAAAUAAUCGAGUGAGUACGAAAAUGAUUUUUCUUGUUAUUAUGUUGUUUUUUUUAAUUUUCUUUUUUGUCGUGAUGAACUUUGGAUCCCGUUUCAGUUCCCCCGUCUGUUUCUCCCGUUGCCGUUCUCGUUCCCGUUCUUUCCGUCUUCGUUCCCCCUGUCCCCGUUCCCCCGCCGCCCCUUUCCCCUCGUCUUUGCUCCCCUCGUCCCUGUCCCCCCCCGUCCCCGUCCUACCGUUUCCGUUUCCCGCGUCCUCGUCCCCGUCCCCGUCCCCGUCCUCCCUGUUCUUGUCCCCGUCCCCCAUUCCCUUUAAAAAGCAACAAUCCUGAGUAGAACAGAAAUCGCAAUUUUCUUUUGAGUUCCCUUAAAUUUGAUAAUGUUUUUGUCAGGCUUCUAGGAACUACAUAGCAAUGCUUACAGAUCAUCGUGACUUCACCUAAUUACGUCAUGUUCCUAGGCAAACUCUCGUGAGAUUUAUCAGCCUGCGCAGCACGGGUUUGGGGGUUGAGGGGUGGGAGGAACGGAGCUAUAUAUACACAGAAGAUAGCAGUUGACAUUUGAUGUAAUUUAUCAGGACUUGAUGCCUAUUCACUGCUGCGCUAUGCAAGGUCGGAUAGACGCCAUUCAGGCUUUGCUCUUCUUCGACACUGAAGGAAUCAUAAGGCAAAACUUGGAGAUGGAAGGCGAGGUAUUUAGGCUUUAAAUUGAACAAAUAUUACAUCACCCAGUUACAGAUAGAUCGGGUAAGACGUGACCGUUUGCAAAUGGGUCAGUUUUCAUGAAGAGUUCAUCUUCCACGUUUCAGAUAGUGAUAAACCUUACGACUUCAUAAGCUAUUUUUCUGAGUGCAUUGUGUUGCCGUCUGAGUAAAUUUGGGUUAGUGAAAAGAUUCUGUUUUUUAGCUUUGCCGAAUCGUUGAGUUUAUUUUGCUUUUAUAAACUGAGUUACCGGACUCAGAAAUUUUGCGAUACGAAUUUAUUUUUUUAACUUCUUCAAAUACUAAACAAUCUUGUUUCUUGUCACUUUAGAAAACCCCACCCAGUCUUCUUCAUUUGUCUGUGGCUAACGACUUUCUAGAUUGUGCAAAAUGGUGAGCAGCCAUAGAUGAUUUCUUUCAGCUAAGACACUUUUAUUGAUGUUAGUUUUUCGUUCUGGAACUUGACCGUCCAAAUAACAAAGUGCGCAGUACGUUUUGCACGCGAGAGCUUACACGUUUCCCGCCUUUUGCACUUGUUACAAAUUUUCCCUCGCUUGUCACGAUUUGCUGGUCCCCUUUUACCUGUUACACACUUCCACGUGCUCUUCACGAGGUGCACGUUUUCGCGCUCUUUUCACUUGCUCCACACUUUCGCGCGUUUUUGACAGUUUCACGUUUUCCUGCGUUAGAAAUGCUUUAGCUUUAAAAUGCUUUAUGGUAUGAACUUUACUGUGUUUUAAGGCCAGGGCCCAAAAAGACAGUUUCGGUAUCUUGUCCUGCAUUGCUCAUAGAACACUCUCGUGUCUUUAUUUUAGGCUAGCAGAAAACAAGUUUGAAUUCAAGGAGAAGGAAACAGAUUUACUUGUGCAUAAGAUUCUGCUUGAAGAAGUUCCUUGGUAAGACUUUAUUGAUACAGCAUCCAAUGUAAAAUAUUUAAUCUUGGCCUACAAACGAGUUUUUUCAAGACCAGUCGAUGGAUUUGUAUACUUUCGCAACUGUUGUCUGAUCUUGUCACAUAACAUCCUCUCUUCCAUCGUUGGAGUAUCUGACUUAAACCUCGGAGAUGGCUGCGGUUGAAAUCUCCUCCUCCUAAGUUUAAGUACUGCGUGAAAAUUGUUUGAAAAUAGUUAGCUAAAAUUUUUAAUGGCUGUAUGGCGCCUGUGUGGGUCGAUUACGUUGAUUUUUACUCAUUUUUUAAUUUUAUUUCAUGAAGUGGUGAUCGUGUGGCAACCGUCAAAUUUCUCCUCGAAAAUGGUGCUUCCGUCAAUCCCACGUACCCAGGAGGAAAUACGUAAGGCUUUAAUAAUAUGAUUGUUGUGAAUAGUCUAUGUUAAUCUUACUAUUAAAUGGAUUAGAUUAGAAUUAUGUGCAUUAUUGUCUUACAGAGCUCUUCACCUGACCGCCGGCUUGUCGAACGCUUCAGAUCUGUUAGAGUUGUUAUUGUCAUUUGAUGCCGAUGUUGAUGCCAUGAACGAUGAUCUGUGUAGUCCGCUGUUUUACGCCGCACAGGCUAAUAAUCUGUAUGCGGCAAGUCUUCUGUUAAAUCAAGGUAAGAACUUUUGGUAACGAACGGACGAACAGAUAGACGGUUCAAUGAACGAACGAACGAAGUGACGAACGAAUGGAUGAGCAGAUAAACGAACGAAUGGAUGAGCGGAUAGACGAACGAACGAACGAGUCGACGAACGGACGGAUGAAUGAAGCGGAUGGACGAACGAACUAACGAACGGAACGAACCGACGAAAUAACGAAAUAACGGACGAAUGAGCGAACAAACGAGCGAACGGAUGGACGGACGGACAUAAGAACGAACGCAUAGACGAACGAAUGGAUUUGCGGAUAGACGAACGAACGGACGGACGGACGGACGCACAUAGGAACGAAAAAAUUGAUAGAUGUGCGUCAGGAAGGACCGAAGGAUAGCUAAAAAGAACUAUGAAACAACGAGUAAACUGACAGAAGGACGAGCGAACAGACAAGAAACUAAUGGUAGAACGAAUAGAAGAACAAACUAACGGAGGAAUGGACUGACGUAUGGAAGGACGGAAGAACGUAAGGACAUACGGAUUGAUGAGGUUACGCAUUUUAGUCGUGUUAAUAGCCUUCUCUUCAGUACUCAAGCUCUAGUAAUCUAGAUCGAUUGUGCUUUGGUCAUUUUUUCACAGGAGCCAAUGUGAGGACAAGAAACUUGCAAGGUAAGGCAUAGCUGUAAUAACACCAACCUGCAAAGGCUGCGAUUUUAACGAGCACUCUUUUCGUUUCGUUUCCUUUUUCAAUUUUAUAUUUUUUUAUUACUAUAUCUGCCAUCACUUUCUGGUCAAAACACCAUUCAUUAUAUACAUUUGUGGACAUUCUUCCUUAUCGUUGCCAUUAUAAUUUCGACGGUCGGUCUGGAUAUCGUUGUCGUUAUCCUCAGUAGCGUUACUGUUACCAUUGCCUUGAUCGUCACUGGUGUUGUUCCAGAGUCGCAAACUGUGAUUUUAACAACUUCAAUAUCUAUCCGUGCUGAACAUUUAAAUUUUCGGUCUCCCUGCAGGUCUGUCUGCCUUUGAUUUUAUCUCUGACUUCGAAGAGUGGAUUGAAUGCGGUUAUUUCAGCGAGGAAAUAAAGGCGAGAUUAAAAGGUUUGUCAGCAAGAAUACACUAGUAUCUCCUCAGACGUCAAAAUCCUAUUAUUCUCAGUCUAUAUCUGGCCGGGGGUAAAUCGUAUGAUAAUUUUCUUAGAUGAAAGACUGUGAAAUGAAUUAGACAUUUCGUCGCGAAGUGAAUCAAUUUGCACAUGUGUAAAUGACAUCUUUUUUUUUGGUUCGUUUAUCAUAUAACGCUUGUCUAGCCUUGCUUGUUUUUAUCCUCUUUGUGUAAUUGAUUCUUUCCUUCUUUCGUUUUUAUCUCUUACACUGGCGUUGAGAUGUAAUUACGAAUAUUAUCAAGACACACCAGAGGAACGCGAUCGCUUUAACAAGGUCAUGAUGAAAUAGUGAUAAGUCUUUCUUACCGAAAAAGUUUUAAGUAACCCGCUAUUUUGGCAGCCAUGUACAGCUGUUUCGGCCCUAUUUGGCUCAUCUGCCUGGCAUGUCUGUCAAGAUGGCCCAUGAGAAUCCUUUCUUACUUUUCAGCCUAUAGCCUCAAGCAUGCGCGGGAUCUGGUUCGAGCUAUAACCAAGAAAGUUAAGAACCAACCGAGACUUCCCACGUCACAGCAGCUAGUGGGUCGAUCCCAGCCUGCCUUGUCGGCAAUCGGUGGUGGUCAUGUGCCUCUGAUGCUUCCGCCAAUCAGAAAAGGAGCGACGAGUUGAAGCGCGCGAUUAUCAGCUGUGAUCACCUGGAACAGGCUGCUGUCCUCGCUUCUUAGAUCUUAGAAACACAAGAAAAGUCUAAAACACUGAUCUGAAUAUCGUACGCGCUUCCAUUUGUAAAUUGUAAAAAGUUUUAAAAUGAGUGUAGUUAGUUCACCUAGUGAGCUUCCUAAUCGGAUAUUGCAUUGGUUUUACUCUACCUCGCUCUGUGAUUGGUGCAACCCUUGCGACACUUUCUUAACCAAUCAGAAUCAAUACUCAAACCAAUCACGACGUGGUCAGUCAUCCAAGUUUUCGUGCGCUUCAGACAAUUUACUUAUUUAUACUGGAAGCUCACAUUGGUUCUUUGUUUUUUGGGAACCACUAAACAAUCUUUUCUCGUGAAGAGAUAGUUUUUUAAUGCUUCGAUAAUAUUUAUAAUUUAAAAAAGCCGG